UACUGCAACCGGCCGAAAAGUCUCUCGACCUUCUGCAGGACAGGUUGCCUCUGUUGUUGUUGUGGGGGGGGGAGGAGGGAGUAUCUUGCUUCAACCCUGCAGGAUGGAGGGGGCUUGAAAGGAGGGCGACAGAGGGGGUUAGAAAGGUGGGCGACAACUACUGGAAUUCUAGAAGCAUCCUCGGCAAUCGGUAGAUAACUCACCCAAGCCAUAAGUUGGAUCGCCUGUUUCUGUUAGCUGCGAGGACAGUCACUCGACCUUCCGCAGGAUGGGUUGCUUCUGCUGGCGGGGGAGAUCUUUCUUCGAUUCUGUGUGGCCGACACCUGAUGGAGGGGGCUGGAAGAAUGUGGAGAACAACUACAGAAAUUCUAGAAGCAUGUCCUGCAACGAGCCAGAUAAUUCACCCAAAUCAUCCGUGGGAUUGCUUGUUUCUGGCAGUUAGCACCAGCAGUCAGUGGACCAUCUGCAGCAUGGGUUGCUUCUGUUGGGGGAUCUUGCAUCGAUCCUCCGGAUGACACUGGACGGAGGGGGGGGCUGCCAUACAUCUCCUGCAGUCAGCCCGAUAGUUCACCCAAACCAUCAGUCGAUUUUGUUGUUUUUGUUAGGAGCAACACCUCAGAAGUGCAUUUAUGUUCUUACCCUUCUGACAUACAUUGAUGACCAGAGGGGGAGGAAUUGGAAUGGGGGGCGAAAACCUCUCUUGGAGUUCUCCCCCUGGUGGCCCAUAUCGCUGAAAAGGGAAGCGAGCUGGGGAAGAGGGAGGGGGGGCUUAGGGGUUGGUAUACCUCUCUCUUUGAAUUCUUGAAGCAAGCCAUGUGCAGGACUGAUUGGUUCUUUUCACAGCAGCCAGAAUUCCAACGUCUAUUCUCGAAGGUCGAGGGAUAGGGUUGCGGUAGUAGGUACAAUUCUGGGCCUACGAUUGGGGGAUAUGGUGGUGCGAGUUUUUUUUUUCAUUGUUAAGGAGCGAAUUGGCAACGAGAGCAAGAUGCACAACUUCAGUGUCUUCGUCUUUGCUCAUCCCUUCAAUCAAUCUUUGUUUCUACUAUAGUGUUUGUAGGCCUUCGGUUUGGGAUUCGACAACCGUUUGCUUUAGUAAAGCAACCAGAGAAGAGAACCUCAGUGCCCGCCCCUGCUUGGUGCACUUGUGUUUUCAGCUGUAUGCCCCUUUUAGGCGAGAAUUUGGGGGGGCAAAAAAGCGAAAAGAAAAGGUGAAAUUGCUGGGUGGGCCUGAAGGAUCGUGCAAUGGAUCAAUAGCCCGUGAGAGGGUUGCGAAUGUGAAAUGAUGAACAGGGGAGCACUAAGUUGACCCGAUUCUCAUUCUCCUUAAUGUAUCGGCCUACAAUUACGACCAAAUUCAGGGGAGCGAAUGGGGAAAAUAAAGCACGCAUCUUCUGUAGCGAACAUUCUUCUCUUCAAAUUGGCAGAACCGAUGACCCAUUUCACAUCUCACUUCCUGAAUGUAUCUGACGGCAGUUGUAUAACCCAUUUCACAUCUCACUUCCUGAAUGUAUCUGACAGCAGUUGUGACCAGAUUCAGACGACCGAGUGUGAACUACAUAACUGAUAACCCAUUUCACAUCUCACUGCCUGAAUGUAUCCGACUGCAGUUGUAUAACCCAUUUUACAUCUCACUUCCUGAAUGUAUCCGACAACAGUUGUGACCAGAUUCAGACGACCAAGUGUGAACCACAUAAUUUUUGUAGCGAACAUCAGUGUGCUCAACAGCACAGUACGUCCUCUCCGUGGCAUGCAAUGCUUUGUGCAUUAUGAAAUUUUGAUGUCCGAUCGCAAACUUUGGGGACUCCCUGCUGCAGCGCCCACCAAGGUGAUGAAGAUGGCUGCCACCAUAGCCAGAGGCACAGACCCAAAACUCAAUUCAUCUUUGGAGGACAAGGAGCAACCACAACAGCAGCGGAAGCAGAAGCAGAAGCAGCAGCAGGAUGAGGAGGAGAGUGAGGAGGAGGAAGGGAAGGAUGAGGUGGGAGAGGAGACUGAAGAUGCUUGUGACCAGCACAAGAUGCCUUCUGGUACAAACAUCUCUCAAGACAGCUUUACAAAAAGGUUUGCUGGAAUUCGAACGUCGACAGACUUUCUGGAAUCGCCAGAGCGUCAAGGAGCUGCAGGAGAUCCACCCUCUGAUGCUGUUGACAUAUGUCAGUCCAAGUGCUUGUCUCCUGUUCUGUCUCUGGCUGAAGCUGUGGAUGCUCUUUUGUGCGCUGUUCGAGAGCUUCCUGCACAGUACAGUUUGUUUCACAAGAGUGGUGUUGUACGCCUCGAGGUGCCAUUCCCGUCAUCAAUUGGAGCAUUGAAGUGGAUCCGUUCUCUACCAGAUGUACAUUCUCUCCUUCCCCGUACCUUCUUUUCCCAAAGAACUCCUCGAGAGGGCUCAUAUAGCAAGUGGAGCAUGAAGGACGGGGGUAGCAAAACUGGGAUAGAUAGAACAGACAUUUUUGAUGUCGCUGGGGUGGGAUCGGCCAUGACUUUCCAGAGUGAUCAGCCAUUUUCUCUUCAACACUGGGCUCACAUACAUAGGUUUCUUUCUGACAAGGCACCUCAUUUAAGGGCAUUGGGAUGCAUCCGCUUCAAUCAAGCAUCAGAACCUUCGCAGGAGUGGUCUGACUUUGGUACCUUCUUCUUCACGAUUCCUCGAGUGGAGUUCAGUGAGCAUGUGAGUGGCUGCCGUCUUUCUUGCACAGUCAUCUGGGAAGAUGGCAAUGGGCUAAGUGUGGAGGAUUCUGUCGGUGAUGCUGUUCGUGUCCUAAACAUAAGGCCGGCCUCAAUGCUGCGAGGCCUGGCCGUGCCCUGAACCGUCAAGGUGGACGGUUCAGCCCCAACCGGCGGGCGGCAGUCUCAAGAGCGUCGCCAGGCCCAAACGG